UGUAAUUUGACUAGUAUACAAAGUCAAUGAAAAAUAUGGUUUAUACUACAUUCCUUUCUUUAAAAACAUUUUCCAGUGUGCUUCAGAAUCUUUAAGAGGAAGCAUGGUCUAAACACAGAAUUCAGUUCCUGUGCUGGACCUACUCUUAAAUCCAUGUGUGGCCUCAGGCAAAUGCGUUAAUUUUCCUGUUUCGGUUUCCAUGCCUUUAAAGUGGGGAUAGCACAACGAACCCAAACAGCUCAGUUGCAAUUUAUACAAAUGAGUAACUUGAUUAUUAGAUUUCUGAGACAUGAAACAUGAUUAUUAUUAGGAUUCACUGACCAGCCAGACAGGGGUGUGAUACAAAUAAAGGAGAUGGGUCUUGGACAACAGGAGCAUGCUGGUUAGGCAGACAGAAGAGCUCAGCGAGGAGGCAGUGGAGAGUUGUGCCUAUAAAAGUGUGAACAUCUCCCUUGCACUGACUUUCUAUUUAUUGCCCUGUGGUACCUAGAGACCAUGAAAAGCCAACUCUUCUCUGAGAAGCAAAUAGGUCCGAAGGACUGCAGCAGACCAGCUGUAGGCAAAUAAAUUUUUAUCUAUGUAAGAGAGCUAAAUGUUAUUUUCCAGUGGAAAUGUCAGAAUUGAUUAAAGCCUGAGCAUUUCUAUUUAAAAUGAGAGCAGUGCUUGAUACAUUUUAAAGGGAGAGAAAGUGAGAGGCCUGACAGCAUGGAGAUAAUGGGGAGGAUUCAUCUAUGGGCUUGCUGCAGUAAUGUGGUACACAGCAUGCCAGGGCCAAAUUCACCUCGCCAUACAUAGCAUAAAUGGGAGUGCCUUUUAAUAACUAUGAGAAAAUAGUCUCCCUGCUAGCAAAGUCACUACUAUUAAUUGUUAUUAUUAACCUUUGGGCUUGUGUAUCCUCCACAGAUUAAUGAUUAUUCAAUAACUGUGCUACAAGGUUGCACUUUCUAACACCAAUUAAUAGAAGAGCACAGCUAAGAAAAGCAUUGAGGUAUCGACUCCACAGUCUCUGUCUUGAUGCAAAGUUGCCUACAGGAACUGUAUCUGCCAAUUCCCAGAGCAGGAAGAGGAAAUGCGCCUCAAAGUCAAAAUAAAAGAAAAAAGUAAAAAAAGAAAAAAGAAAGAAAGAAAGAAAAAAAGAUGGAGCUGACAUCCACGGUCCCCUCUCUUCUCAGUAGGGAAUAAACAGCAGCCUCAGCUUUCAGGGAAAGCUGCACUCAUUGCCAGCGUUCACUUUCCAGGAACUCCACAUCCAAAUUGUGCAGUGGCAAAGAUGGGAAAGAAGGGCUUAAAAAACAAAAGAAAAAGUCCCUCUCCACGGAGAAGUUCCACGAAUAAAGACAAUUCUCAAACAGCGCUGUAGAGGAGCACAUGGUGCCAGGUGACACAGCAGCCGAGACCGGGGCGGGGGGGUGGGGGUGAUGCGCAGCUCCCAAAAACGCGCGGCGCGGCGGGACCCGACGGGGCGGCGACCCCAGGGGCUGCGUGCCCUUAUGCCGCACGGCCCCGUCCCGGGAGGUCGCCACUGCGGUUCGGAGGUCGCUUCCCGGGAGGGGUUGCGGGGGGCAGCGACGGGGGGCGGGCGUGAAAAUAAAUAAAGGAGCGAGGGAAGGAUGAAGGCAAAGGAGGAAUGCGGGGAAGGGGCAGGGAGUACAGAGACGGAGGGGGGGGGGGGGGCUGCGUGAGCGCGUGUGUGUGUGUCCCACCUGACUCCCCGUUCGGCGGGGGGGCACACACACAUACACACACACAUACACACACACAUACACACACACGCGCGCGCAGCCGCCGCGCUCCAGCUGCCGCCGCUCGGUCCCCGCACCCCUUCUCAUUGCUGCCCCCCGCCGCGGCGCGCAGUAGGGAGGCGUAAAGCGCGGAGCCCCGCGGUCGCGCUGUCCCCGCCGCCCCUCCGCCCCCCCGGGGCAGCGCGCCCGUCCCCGCCCGGAGGGGCCGUGCGAGGCGGCGGCGGGGGGGGGCCGCGGGCACACGCGCAGCCAUCCACGCACACGCACGGGCAGGGCUGCCCCGCGCCGGUACCUGGUGCUGCCCUGGUGCGUUCCGGGCGGGCUCCUCCUGCCGAGGCAGCACGGGAGCGGGCGUGCGUGUGCGUCUGUGUGCGUGUGUCUGUGUGCGCGUCUGUGUGUUUGUGCGUGUGUGUGUGUGUGUGUGUGUGUGUGCGAGAGCGAGCGAGAGCGAGAGAGGCUCUCCCCCCUCCCCCUCCUCCUCCUCGCUCUCCUUCCUUUAAACGCCCACUCCUGAUGGGUGAAAAGACAACUUGAACUUCAGUGCAAUUAACUUCGCCGGCGCCUCGGAAGCCGGAGGUGUCGCCGGCCUCGCCCGCCGCGCUCCCAUGAGUGAUCUUUAGAGGCGGGACUGAGUAUGGAUCAUUUGAACGAGGCAACUCAGGGGAAAGAACAUUCAGAAAUGUCUAACAAUGUAAGCGAUCCGAAGGGUCCACCAGCCAAAAUUGCGCGCUUGGAACAGAAUGGGAGCCCAUUAGGAAGAGGAAGACUUGGAAGUACAGGAACUAAAAUGCAAGGAGUGCCUUUAAAACACUCUGGACACCUGAUGAAAACUAAUAUUAGAAAAGGAAGUAUGCUUCCAGUUUUCUGUGUAGUGGAACAUUAUGAAAAUGCCAUUGAGUACGAUUCUAAGGAGGAGCAUGCAGAAUUUGUGCUGGUGAGGAAGGACAUGCUUUUCAACCAACUGAUCGAAAUGGCAUUGCUAUCCCUUGGAUAUUCUCACAGCUCUGCUGCCCAAGCUAAAGGGCUUAUCCAGGUUGGAAAGUGGAAUCCAGUUCCACUUUCCUACGUGACAGAUGCCCCUGAUGCUACAGUAGCAGACAUGCUGCAAGAUGUGUAUCAUGUGGUCACACUGAAAAUCCAGUUACACAGUUGCCCUAAACUAGAAGACUUGCCUCCUGAACAAUGGUCUCACACGACAGUAAGAAAUGCUCUGAAGGACUUACUGAAGGAUAUGAACCAGAGUUCGUUGGCCAAGGAAUGUCCCCUUUCACAGAGUAUGAUUUCUUCCAUUGUGAACAGCACUUACUAUGCAAAUGUCUCAGCAGCAAAAUGUCAGGAAUUUGGAAGGUGGUAUAAACAUUUCAAGAAGGCAAAAGAUAUGAUGGUUGAGAUGGAUAGCCUUUCUGAGCUAUCCCAGCAAGGUGCCAACCAUGUCAACUUCGGUCAGCAGCCGGUCCCAGGGAACACAGCCGAACAGCCUCCAUCCCCUGUUCAGCUUUCUCAUGGUAGUCAACCAUCAGUUCGGACCCCACUUCCAAACCUGCACCCUGGACUUGUAUCUACUCCCAUUAGCCCUCAGCUGGUAAAUCAGCAGCUGGUAAUGGCCCAGUUGCUGAACCAGCAGUAUGCAGUGAACAGACUUCUAGCCCAGCAGUCCUUAAACCAACAGUACUUGAACCACCCUCCUCCUGUCAGUAGAUCCAUGAACAAGCCGUUGGAGCAGCAGGUCUCAACAAACACAGAGGUGUCUUCCGAAAUCUACCAGUGGGUCCGUGAUGAACUGAAACGAGCAGGAAUUUCACAGGCAGUAUUUGCACGUGUGGCUUUUAACCGAACUCAGGGCUUGCUCUCAGAAAUCCUCCGAAAGGAAGAGGAUCCCAAGACUGCCUCGCAGUCCUUGCUCGUAAACCUUCGGGCUAUGCAGAACUUCUUGCAGCUGCCAGAAGCUGAACGAGAUCGAAUUUACCAGGAUGAAAGGGAAAGGAGUUUGAACGCAGCCUCUGCCAUGGGCCCCGCACCUCUCAUAAGCACACCGCCCAGCCGGCCUCCACAAGUCAAAACUGCUACUAUUGCUACGGAGAGGAAUGGAAAAACAGAAAAUAAUUCCAUGAACAUUAAUGCUUCCAUUUAUGAUGAGAUUCAGCAGGAAAUGAAGAGAGCUAAGGUGUCUCAAGCACUGUUUGCAAAGGUGGCAGCAACCAAAAGCCAGGGAUGGCUCUGUGAGCUGUUGCGUUGGAAAGAAGAUCCCUCACCAGAGAACAGGACCCUCUGGGAGAAUCUCUCCAUGAUCCGAAGGUUCCUCAGUCUUCCUCAGCCUGAACGCGAUGCCAUUUAUGAACAAGAAAGCAAUGCAGUUCAUCACCAUGGUGACAGGCCUUCCCACAUUAUCCAUGUGCCAGCAGAACAGAUUCAGAGCCCCUCUCCCACCACCUUUGGGAAAGGAGAGCAUAGAGGCGCUUUCUUACCAGGCCUGCUGACCACUGGACCUUGGCUGGGUGCUGCUCCGCAGCAGCAACAGCAGCAGCAGCAACAGCAACAACAGCAGCAGCAGCAACAGCAACCGGGUCCCAGACUUCCCCCAAGGCAACCGACAGUAGCAUCACCAGCUGAAUCUGAGGAUGAAAAUCGUCAGAAACCCCGGCCACGAACAAAGAUUUCUGUUGAAGCCCUAGGGAUCCUACAGAGUUUCAUACAAGAUGUGGGCCUGUAUCCUGAUGAAGAAGCAAUCCAGACUCUCUCCGCUCAGCUUGACCUGCCCAAGUACACCAUCAUCAAGUUCUUUCAGAACCAGCGGUAUUAUCUCAAACACCAUGGAAAGCUGAAGGACAAUUCUGGGUUGGAGGUAGAUGUUGCAGAAUACAAAGAGGAAGAGUUGCUCAAGGAUCUAGAAGACAGCAUCCAAGACAAAAAUGCAAACACGCUUUUUUCAGUUAAACUAGAAGAAGAGUUAUCAGUAGAAGGGAACACAGAGAUUAAUGCUGAAUUGAAAGACUGAUCUAAAAGUAUUAUUUUCUUUCAACAGUGCCACUGGUAUUUACUAAUGAAAUGAAAAUUCCAUCUUGCGUUCUGUCAAAAACCUUUAUUAUUCAUUGUUUGGCCAAUGAAUCUUCCAAAACUUGCACAAAAGUUGAAAAAAGGAUAAUGCAGACUGCACUAGAUGUUUUACUCUGUUUUACAAACUGCUUCGCAGCAACAGAUGAAGCGUUGAGGAUUGUUUGAUAUUAAUUUGUGUUCACUGGAUACACUGUGAGUGUACCCAAUAAGCAUGAUACCAGUGAUUUUGAUUCUGGAGCCUUCAGACAAGCAUUACAACUUUUGUGAUUUACUGUUUUUUGUUUUCAUUAUGUUCUUGUUUUUAAUUAUUACUGUAGCACUCCACACUUGAUCUUUGGAAACUCACAUUUAUUUAAAAAGAAAAAAUAAAAUAAAAAGAGUUUGCUACUCUUGUUCUAUUGUAUGUUACAAAAGAACUAUAGACUGUGGAAUGCAGUUUAAAGAUAACAUAUGCCAACAAAUGCCUUGUAUUAUAUGGCACUGCCGUAAUUCAGAUUUGUUUUCUUUUGGAAAUAAAGGUCACUGUAUUUUUUUUUUUUUUCCAUUCUCAUUGUUACAUGGU